UCCUAUAUCUCUGGCACCUAACCCUUAGGUAAUCCUAUGUACCUCCAACAAAGGCGCCUUAGGUAAGUGAAGGUACCCCACACUCACGACGCGGACGACCAACUCGGCCGUCUCGACCGCUCAAGCUGCUUGUGUAGUCUACAACAACCAUCUCUCGACCUAUCUCUGCUUCCUUCACAUCGCCCGCCGAACCGCCCCUCGGAGACUGGCAACUUCUGGGGACCGAUAAGUCUACCCACUAUGUCCCAAUCCCUCCGCCCCUACCUCCAGUGCGUGCGAAGCACUCUGACUGCCGCCCUCUGCCUCUCCAACUUCGCCUCCCAAACCUCAGAACGGCACAAUGUCCCUGAGAUCGAAGCCCAAACCUCCCCCGAGGUCCUGCUGAACCCCUUGAUCGUCUCGCGCAACGAGAACGAGAAGGUCUUGAUCGAGCCGAGCAUCAACAGCGUACGGAUUAGCAUCAAGAUCAAGCAGGCCGACGAGAUCGAGAACAUCCUAGUCCACAAGUUUACUCGGUUCCUUACCCAGCGAGCGGAAGCCUUCUUCAUCCUCCGAAGGAAACCAAUAAAGGGCUAUGACAUUUCGUUCUUAAUAACGAACUUCCACACCGAGGAGAUGCUGAAGCACAAGCUGGUCGACUUUAUCAUUCAGUUCAUGGAGGAGGUAGAUAAGGAGAUAUCAGAGAUGAAGCUAUUUUUGAAUGCACGGGCAAGAUUUGUUGCCGAAUCCUUCUUAACACCUUUUGACUAAGGGGAAGCCCAUACGCCAUAUCAUCUUACUUGCCGCCGAUGGGACUAGACCGACAAGCACGGCGACAUAAGACUCGACGCAAC